AUGGGAGAUCUGAUGUGUGACUUUGAUCUGGUAUCCAACGAGGAGUACUACAAGCCACCGACCUUCUCCCUGGAAGAGGAAGAUAACGACUUUGAACUCACUGGAACAGCACAUGCUCUGACCUUAGUUCACUGUGGACCAGUGUUUACCCUCGACCAUGACCAGCCUGAUCCUCGUGGUUCCUGUGGACCGAGAGACACCUCGGGAAUUGGUGAGGGUCCGCAGGAGAUUGGUCAUCAGGCUGACCUCAACUGGGCUGUGAGCGCGAUGAGUUCAUGCCCAUCGCUGCUCAAUCCGUACAUGCUUGGUGGGUGCGGUGCGAUCGAGCAAUCUCUCUCAAUGGACCAUCUGAAUCAGACUAAUUAUUCCCCUCCUGCUGGCCCUCCUUUCUUUCCCUCCCAAACUCCGUCUGGUCCCACGUUGCCCAGCUCGGCCGCUCAGAGUUUAGCUUCGCCCUACGGCUUCAUGGCGAGUAUGCCAGUGAAUAACUCAGGGUCGCGGUUGGAGCAAGUGCACAAUUUCAUGCCUGAUACAGAAUCUUUGGAGGAUGGGCAGGCGAAGAGGAGGAGGACACGCACAAAGUAUGUCGAGUCGGCCUGCGACUUCUGCAAGAUGAAGAAGAAAAAAUGCAGCUCGGUGAGGCCGUGUUCGACGUGCAUCGUGAUGAAUAGGUGGGAAGCUUGCAAUGCAACAGGUCAGGACCUUCUGGUCUCGAUCACUAGGAGGACGAACACGGUGUUGGGCCGAGAUGCUAUGAUGGAAAGAGUGAUGGCAGCCGCGAUGGAGAGUAAGUUGAACCUUUGGUCGCUGAUGAGGAGGCUGGUCGAGCUGGGCCUGGAUGGGAGCACUUCGAUGUCGUUGUUCAGAUGCAUUCCUCCUGAGUUGAACGAGGUGAGAUGA